AUGACGACGGGCUCUUCGUGGCGGGCGUUCGCUCUGGACAUUCGCUGGGGCUGCGGCCACUCGAUUGGGCUCGUGGUCAUUGCGCUCAUCUUCUUCGCUGCGGGGCAGACGGUGGACUUGGACGCCGUGGGCGGCUACCUCAACUACGCCGUGGGCUUCUUUAUGACCGCGCUGGGCAUUUGGGCGGCAGUUCACGUGCGGGAGAAGUACCAGACGCAGCUGAAGGAGGGCGUUCGGAGCAGCACUGGCGCCACGCCGACCAAUUUGGUGGAGCUCAUGCCGCUCUCGCAGCGACGAGUGUCGGGUGCCGCAGAUUCUGCAAUGCCAAUGACGUCCCCGAGGACCUCGUCGGUACAGGAGCAGAAUAUGGAAGCAGCGUCGCCGUCUUCGCCGUUCCACUUGCAGAUUAAAGAGGACGGGGCUUCGAGUGCUGCGGACGCCACAGGAACGGCGCUGGACUUGAUGUCGGAGUAUGAGCUUCGAAAACCCUGCGACACAAAAGCGUCGAUCUUCAUCAUGGGUGUGUUUGCGGCGCUCUACGGCGAAGUCACUGGUUGUCUGGGUGGCAACUCGCUGGUGAUGGAGUUCCGGAUCGGAAUCUUCUCCGCCUUCCUCUCGUUCAUCGUGGGCGUCGCCUGGAUCCGCCUGCAGGCGUCAGGCCAGAUGGACGCCAGUGAUGCGCGCAUGUUCACAAUCGUUGUGGGUUUCAUUGUGCUGGGUGCUCUCUUCGCCACCAUCGCCUACCACUGGAAGCAGCACAACAACAAGAGACCCAGAGGAUUGCUCAACAAUAUGCAAAGGAAGUCAAGCAAACAGCGCUCGUUUGGGGAGGACCGCGAACUUCUAGCUCUUCAAGUAAGUUAUGACGACAUCCAGGAUCUCCGACUUUUCGGAAGUAGAGCCUUCAGCGUUGUGUGGCUCGUCAGGUAUCGCGAUUCGCAGCUACUCGCCUCGAAACGCAUUCAAGAAGACGUCGAUAUCACGGAGCACACACAGACAUUCGUGGAGAAGGUUAAGCUGGCUUCCAAACUCGAGCACCCGAAUAUCGUCGCCUUCAUAGGUGCAGCCUGGAGCUCAGAGUUCGACAUGCAAGCGUUGUUUGAAUUCAUCGAGAAUGGUGACCUCCGAUCGAUACGAUCAGCGCCCUCGCUGUCGCGUUACUGGACUCGGAUCAAGGUGUAG